UGAAAAAAAACAAAAAACCACGCAUUAAUGCAGUCACAUUUUGCCGGACCCUUUUUCUGGGUCACCAAAUCUCUCAGCUCUUUGGGGCUCCGAAUCCGAUUCAAGUAACCGAGUCGUGGAGAGGACGGGUUUUACUUCCUCUUCUUCUUCGUCUGCUUCUUUCUAUGGCUCAGAUUGUGCUAAGUGCUUCACUACCAUCAAUUUUGCCUCUGAAUCACCACCGUGCUGCAAAGAAAUUGAAAUGGGUUCUGAGUUGUUCUUGUUCGGGCAAGAACAAUUUGAGAAUUUUUACAGGUUUCCGAAGCAGCAGAGGAUCUCAAAUUGUUGUUGUUUCGGGUCUAGAAGGGAAUAAUUCGGGUCAUAUUUCGGACCCCCAGCUUCCUGCUGAAGGUCAAGAAGAAGCUCAAGCUCAAGCUCAAGCUCAACCACACCUUCGUCACUCUUGGACUAAUAACAAGCCGUCCGAUCAAGACCCACCACCGAAAAUGAAGACCACAAGCCGUUUUUUCACGAUCGGGCUCGUCAGCGCCUGGUACUCUUCCAACAUUGGUGUCCUCUUGCUGAACAAGUACUUGCUCAGCAACUAUGGCUUCAAGUACCCGAUCUUCCUCACUAUGUGCCACAUGACCGCUUGUUCUUUGUUUAGCUACGUUGCUAUAGCGUGGAUGAAGAUGGUUCCUAUGCAGACCAUUCGAUCCCGGGUUCAAUUCUUGAAGAUCUCCGCCCUCAGCCUUGUGUUUUGCGUGUCGGUUGUGUUUGGGAACAUCUCACUUCGGUAUUUGCCUGUGUCUUUCAACCAGGCUAUUGGUGCCACCACGCCUUUCUUCACCGCCGUAUUUGCUUACCUUAUGACGCUAAAGAGGGAGGCUUGGCUUACUUAUGUGACCCUCAUUCCGGUUGUUACAGGGGUCAUCAUCGCAAGCGGGGGUGAGCCGAGUUUCCAUCUAUUUGGGUUUAUUAUUUGUGUUGCGGCAACGGCUGCAAGGGCCCUCAAGUCAGUGCUGCAAGGGAUUUUGCUUUCCUCUGAAGGGGAGAAGCUGAACUCUAUGAACCUCCUUCUAUAUAUGGCUCCAAUUGCUGUCGUCUUUCUUCUUCCUGCAACUCUCAUCAUGGAGGAGAAUGUAGUUGGUAUUACGCUAGCCCUUGCUAGAGAUGAUAUCAAGAUCAUAUGGUAUCUGAUAUUCAAUUCAGCAUUAGCGUAUUUUGUAAAUUUGACCAACUUUUUGGUCACGAAACACACGAGUCCUCUGACUCUCCAGGUACUAGGAAAUGCUAAAGGAGCUGUAGCUGUGGUGGUUUCGAUUUUAAUUUUUAGAAAUCCUGUUUCUGUGACGGGAAUGUUGGGUUAUACUCUCACAGUCCUUGGAGUUGUCCUCUAUAGUGAAGCCAAGAAAAGAAGUAAAUCAUAAAAUCAAUCUGGGAAUGGAUCAAGUGGAAUUCCCUUAUAUUUUGUUUUUUCUGUGAGGAAUGCAGCGGAGCCUUUCCUGGAGGCAAAUUUGGGCCACAUGAAAUCAGUUGGUGUCAGGAUUUUGCCCUCUGAAUUAUAUUUUUUUCCCCCCUGGAAGCCUCAGAGAGUGUUUCCAUUUGUAUCAGCAACAAAGCAGGAUUAGUCAAAUUAGGAAAUUAAUAAGUGACUCAAAUAUCGCUAUUAUUCCCAGCUUGGGGUUAUGAGGAAUAUGUUUUUUUUCUUCCUUUUUUUUUUUUAAUUCUUUUGGCGAAGGGUUGUAGAAUUGGUCUCCACACAAUCAGUCUGUUAUUAACAUUUCUUAUAUUGAUUAAUUCAUGAAAAACAGUUAUAAUUUUCAGUUA